AUGGUGGCACGCUGGCAGUUCCUGACUCUGAUCAGCCUGGCGGUGGCUUCCCCACCGAAUCUUCGAGCCUCUCAAAAUGCCACACAGGAGAUGUGGACAGAGAACUCAACAGCUGGAAACACAUCCAGAAUGUUGUGGGCUGCACCACCAAGCGUGAAUGGCUACAGGUUUAUGUCAACAACAACACGCUACGGAACCAACCCCUUCACGGCUUGUGGAUUGGAUUCUUGGGCAUUGGUCAAAGGCACCGACUACCUUGCCGUUGCGUCGGCACAGUCCAUGCAGGAUGGCUGCUGCCGCUGCAAUCGUGGUGGUGGAGGUGGCAAAACAGCCAGCCUAGGCUGUGGCUCUUGUGGCAAGGGACGCUUCGUUCGACAGCUGCCACGAGGAUUUCACAUUUGGACUCCGGAAAGCAAGGAAAUCUUCCACAAGGACGACAGACUGAAUCGUUGGGAGAGUACAAAUUCGUUGCGAACUCAGUUGCUAUUUUACGAUAUUGAGGUUCCAAGGGCCAAGCGCAAGGCAUCUGUAGAAGGUGGACGGCAGCUCGCAAAGGAAAUUGCAAUGCUUUGCGAGAGCUGCUGUUUGUUAUCGACUGAUGCCAUCACUGCGACCGGCUUGUCAAAAGGAGGUGCAAAACACUUGCCCUGGUCGUUGCCAGUCAAUCUGUCAAUGGGUUUCACCUUCCUUGCACUAUGGCGACGUGGUGGAGGCUGGAGCGGCUUGUGGGCCACUUCGGGGGCCGUGUGCUUGGCAGCCUCAUGUUGGCAGUCGUUCAAGCUCUUCACCCGAGCGUUGGUCAUGUGGGAGGCCAGAAGAGCUUGCAAAGCCUUGCAAUGGCUUUUUGACGAGGCCGAGGCAUCUGUGCAAUUCCUGCGCUCCUUGGAGAUUGAAGCAGAUAUUGUGGAAGGAGGCCUUGCUUUGAGUUCCAUUGCGGCCAACUUUUAUGCUGCGGCAGAAACGGAGGCCGGACAGCUUUGCCGUCGCCUUUCGCUGGGUGCUUCGGCACCGCCACCUGGCGCCCAUGCGGGGGCUGCCAGACUUCGCUUGGCCUUUGCGCGAGUUUGGGAGCUACAGGAGGCCUUGCUGCUGGUUGCCUUACGAAGCUGUGCGGCUGGGAAGCUGCAGGAUGCCUGGUCAGAGCUGUGGGCCCUGCGAAAGAUGGCACGAGACGCGGCCAGGUGCCUCAGCAGACAUUUAGCAUAUGCAGAAUCCUGCAAAGCUACCAGAGGCAAACAAAGAGGUGGUGCCUCGGGCGGUGCCUCGGGCGAGCCGGGUGGACUGGGCGCACGCGUCUCCUUGAGCUUGGCCUUGGCGACCUUUUCUCAAGCCAUGAAGCGAAGGAAGGAGGUGCUGAAUUCCCCAGAGGCUUACCAUGCCUGGCUGCAGGACCUCAUUGGUCGCUUGGAAGCUCAUCUAGAUGACCUGUCAAAGGUCAAUCCUGAGAAAAUACUGGAAGGAGACAAAGAAUCUCCUGAGGAGGCGUGUCCUCCUACGAACACGAAGAUAUCACAGGGCCAACUUCUGGAAGCGGCAGGAUAUACAGUGCUUCAUGAAGCCUUGGGCAAACGAGCUCCAGAACAUCAUCUACCUGGUGGAAGUUCUGCCUUAUCCCAGGAGGAGGAACUACAGCUGCGCAGGGAUAGCCAAACAGCUUGGCGUUCCUGUGUGGAGGAGCUUCAAGGCAAGCUGGACAAAAAGUCAGGAGCUGCACGGCUCUGGCAACAGCGCCAAGAGUGUGCCUCUCGCAUUGCCAGGGUGUGUGAGGAUGAUGAACUUCAGGCGCAUGCAAAGCUAGGCUUCAGCCAGGGUAGGCUUGUCACAGAACAUGGCUAUGGUUCAAGGCCUGGGGUGAUUUGCCAGCAGCAGAGCAAGGUGCGACUCGACAAGCAAGACGCUGGCGUCCUUCCCAAGCUCAACAGGAGCAUGGAUGUAGAACUUGCUACACCUUUAGAGGUGAUUCAACGGGUCUUCAUGCGAGGGAAGCGACCAAUGGUCACACCAUGUUCGAUGCGAUGGACCUCCGCAGAGGCUGAAACAUCCGUUGACUCUGGUGAGACUGCGUCCAAGAGCGGCGCGAAGAAGACAGCACUUUCAAGAGGUGCUCCCACAGGUCGGCAGAAAAGACAAAAAGUGGAGAAGGAACUGGAAAGUCCUGCAACACCUGUCAUCUCCAGGUCAGCUGUGGCAAAUCGUGCCCGUUGCGGCCCAGAGAUUACGUUGGGUGAAUGGCUUUCGUCUCAGUCUUCAAAGGGUUCAUGA